AAACUUGAAUGGCUGGCCAUCAAAUUCAGUAUAGUGGGGUUGCCUAUACAGAAUAUCCUUUAAAACAUAACAUCUUGUAUUUUAAGGAGACGAAUAGGCAACCGCAAGUGAAAUUAAUCUCCACCACGAUUUAAGAUAUGUAUAUUUAUAUCUUAAAUCGUGAUCUCCACUGACGAUAUAGUGUCUCCGAAAAAUUAUAAGUGUUUCCACGGUACUGUCGUAAGACAUAAUGUAUAUUUCGUAAACGGUAAAUUUUUGAAUCUAAAGACUGCACUGGUUGUUGCUCUGUGGUCAGACGGUGGAACAAUCGUCUGGUUGACAUGCUGGUAUUUUGGAGUGACAUUGAUAACAACUUCCACAACGUUGAUUAUUUUUAAAUAUGGAACAAUCUCGAGUCCAGUAUCUACAUCGGAAUACUAUACAGUAACAGCCUGCGCAGUGCUUACUUACCGGUUGCUACUUGCUUAGUUUUCGACUGCAUUGCUCGUAGAAGACCGUUCGUUUGCUAAAAAUUAAAAUACUAUUUAGAUAGUAAAUCAAUAAGUAUAAUACAUACUAUAACUGUUAAAUAUUCGUCUAAUAAUUUCUCGUUUCUAUUUAUUCGUCAAUUCACCUACUUGUCAGUCCGUCAAACAAUUGUUUCCGGCAUCAUCAUUGUCGAUCUUCGAAUUAACCAAGUUGGGAACUUACGUGCAUGUGUUAGAAGUUUUUUGCUUCAAACAGAAGUAAACUUUAAUUCAUAUCCAUGGAACUCAAAUCGGAUAUUAACCAACACACCGUUAUUGAAGAAGUCAAUAUAUUCUUAUUUGAUAUGCCUGAAGAGUAUUCUCUAGGACAUUGUGUGGCGAAAGAUAUGCGCAUGAGUGCUGGUAUCGCCAUAUAUUUCAAGAGAAAUUUUGGAAGAGUUGGCGAACUAAUGGACCAACGACCAAAUGUUGGUUCAGUAGCGUUUUUGCAACACAAUGAUCGAUUUAUUUACUAUUUAAUUACAAAGGAAUUUAGUAACGGUAAACCAUCAUAUAAUAGUAUAACUGCAGCAAUUACAAAAUUACGUGAUUUUAUUGUACAACACGAUGUUAAAAAAUUAGCCAUCCCACGUAUUGGUUGUGGUCUAGACAAAUUAGACUGGUCACUAGUAAGAGGCAUUGUUGAAAAUUUAUUUCAAAAUGUAGGAUGUACAAUCAAAAUUUGUCAUUUUACACAUAAUUUGUCAAAAGAGUCAGAAUUACUUCGAGUUGAACAUCCAAGUACUUUAAAAGUUCAUAAAGAUAUCAAAGAUAUAGAAAAGCGAGAAUUUGAAAAACUGAAUAUCAUAUUAUUUUGUCGGAAAACUACUUUACCGGUGUAUUGGGAUCAACAUUUUCAAUCAGUCAAUGAAAAAUACUGCUUUAAGUCACAAUACUAUAAAGACUAUGAGGCAGGUCUUGAAGUUGGUCAGUGUUUAUAUUAUAGCACAAUAGAUGCUUACAUAUUUAUUAUCAUAACAAACAAAAAUACAACAGAUUUUUCAUAUCAAAACUUGGAAAAAGGACUUGUAAAAAUAAAAAUGUUGAUCGAGAAUGAUCAGUGGCACCCAACAUUCAUCAUACACAGAAUGAAUAAUAUAUUUGAAGAUCUCUUUAAUAAAAAAGUUGUAUCCCUAAUAUGUUCAGCUUUUUUAGACUUGACUCCGUGUUUAAUUCUUCAAUUAAUAAGCAGUAAUUCUUAAACAAACAGAAGUAAAAAAAAUAUACUUUUGUUGAGUUUCAAAUUCACGGAACAGCAUACAUAGCAUAAAUGAAUGAUUUAUGUUGGUUGUAUUAAUUAUUACAUUUAUUUGUCUUGUUUUAUAAUUUGAAUUUGAAAAUUUUAGUAAAAUAUAGAGAU